UUGUAUACCCGGAUGUACUAAAAAAAUCUGUUAUUGAUAUGCUGCGCUAUAGACCAUACGUGACUAGAAUUUGCUUUUGAAAUUGUUGUUCAAGGUGCAACCUUUCUCGCAGUCAGGAAUCGAGGGACUUGAGUACUAUAGUUGGAUGUUAGAGAUACUGAGGGAUAUUUCUAUGAAGCAAUUGCACAAACUUGCCUCUUUCAGCGACAAUCAAACGUCAACUUCCGACAAUCAAUUACAAUAUAAUUCGUACACGGUUGAAUCGCGUGACACGAUAGAGAACAUCGCUCUGAAAUACGAUAUACUGCCAUCGGAAUUGGUCAAAUUGAAUAAAAUGUCCUCUAGAAUGUUAUACCCCGGACAGUUGAUAAAAGUACCAAACGCUUCUUACCAAUUACCACCUCAUCAACCCCAAUCAGAAGUAGAAGUUGACCCUGUUAGAUUUCGAAGUUCGACCAUAUCUUCCAUUCCCAAUGCUCAUCCAUUGCAAUCAAACCCCGAAUCCGCCAACGUAAAACUAUUCAGUUCUAAGUCUAAGAGUUUUAACCUGGGAUCCGCAUCUAGGCCUACAUAUUCACACGACUCUCGAUUUUAUUCGCAAUCCUACGAAACGGAGUCGGAAGAGGACGAUCCUAUCGUCCAAAGAUUUUUCAAGUGCCGAGCCGUAUAUUUGAGAUAUGACGCCCCUGAACCCUUAAUCGGCACAUUAUUACUAACUCCCACCGCUACUAUGUUCGAUUCGACAGAUCUUAGCGUGACUUUACCUUUCAACCAGCUCCGAUUAGCUAGGUUGUUUCGGGAUAUCGAUAUAUAUGGAGAAAAAGAUGGAACGUAUUCCAUUCACACUGACCAAACUCGCAUGGAUAAAGAAAUAAUAUUAAACUCUGCCAAAAGUAAACCCGUUUUAAAGGUCGACAGUAAAAUCGAAGAUAUCUCCAACAAUACACCCCAUGAUAAGGAUAAAGAUGACGAUUUCGAGACGAAAAUUAAAGCUCAUAAAAUGAGCGAAGCGCAGCGAGUUAACAUAUCCAUAAUUAGCGGUUUGGAAUACUUGAGCCAGCAUUGGCCUGCCGCCUUGAAGUCGAUCCUUUUUAACGAGCAAUCAGAAAAUUCCAAAAAUGAUAAUGAAACAAUCAACGCUCAUCCUAUGGAUUUAAAAAACCAAUCCACGUCUUCUCUGACACUCCUUUACCAUCAUAAUCACGAUACGGAGAAGGUAAUUUUUCUGGAUAUCGAUACGUUGCCAGACGCGAAAAAUGGGGAUGGGGGCAAUGAGUACUGGUUCUGUCUACUCCCUUCCGACGCCAAAAAGAUUUUUAUAUUCUUGGAAGAGUGCUCUAUUUACCUCGCCGAGGAAAAAAGUUCCAAGAAGUACGAACUUAGAAAGACUGCCACCGCGAAAAAUAGCAAAGAAUGGGAACUAUUAGAAUGUCCUAAAAAGGAUGCAUCGCCACCACUCCAAGAUUACAAUCCCGAUAUUCCAUCACUGCUCGAUACCAGUUCCAUACUUGACGACGAUCAAAUUAUACAGCUUAACAAAAGGCUACCGGCCAGAGCUAUAGGCUAUUAUUGGAUCCUAGCCUACAGCAAUAACAAGCACGGAUACAGUUUCAACACAAUGUACAACAAGUUGCAGGCUUGCGACAAUGACAGCCCCGUCCUUCUAGUCAUUAAGGAUAAGGACGCGAAAGUUUUUGGAGCUUUAGCCUCUUGCCCUUUCAAACCCAGCGAACAUUUUUAUGGAAACGGAGAAACCUUUUUAUACACAUUCUACCCCUCUUUUCAGGUGUUUAAUUGGACCGGAGAAAAUAACUAUUUUAUACAAGGAAACUUGGAUAGUUUAGCCAUAGGCUCUGGAAAGGGCUUAUAUGGUCUUUGGCUGGGCGCCAAUUUUUAUCACGGCCGAACACAUUCUUGCGAAACUUUCGCCAAUCCCCCUCUCACGCUCAAAGAGGAUUUUAUAGUUGAUAGAUUAGAAGUUUGGUGGUUUGGAGACGCACCCAAGACAUAAAAAAACUUAUCAUAAUCAUAUGUUUUAAAAUGUGAUAAUUUACGAUUUCGCUUUUGUGAGAUAAUUUAUUUGCCCAAAUUAAUGUUUAAAUUAAAACGAUACGCUUGAAAAUUAGAGCAAAAGAGCAACCAAUUCUUUAGUUUUAUUUAUGGCUGAAGACCAAUAAAUCGAAAGAAUACUGAAUAUCCAUAAACCAUUUCUAUCUUCUUAAAUAUAUAUUAUAUAUAUACAUACUAGAAACAUGUUAAAUUAGAUAUAAUUAU